CCCAUAGCCGAUUUCUCCACCAGUGCGUUACUAUUACCAAUGAUAGUGCACUUCUUUAACUCCCUUGGUCCAUAGUCUGCACGUGUCUGUCACCCGAAGUGGAUAUGGCUGCGAACCGGGUCGGGAGGAGAUGUAACAACAAAGUCCAUUCCCCGAGUAGGGGUCCAGGUAGGGACCCGGGGCUUAGCUUGCAGAAGAGGCAAGCACGGGUCACAGUAAAGUACAACAGAAAGGAGCUCCAAAGACGCUUGGAUGUGGAGAAGUGGAUUGACUGUAGUCUGGACGAGCUCUAUGUGGGCAGGGAGGAGGAGAUGCCAGAGGAGGUGAACAUUGACGAGCUGUUAGACCUGAAGAGUGACGAGGAGAGAACGCACAGGCUCCAGGAAAUGUUUCACACCUGCAAUAACACAGAGGUUUUCAUCAAGGAGCUGGUGUUGAAACUCCACGGGCUGCAGAAACAGGAGGACCUCCACAACGAUGGCAUCGAACAACCCCAGCUACACAUCUUCCCCAACCGGCAAGACUCUGCAGACCGAGAGGUGAUCUGAAGGCCCUGUUAUGUUACCCUUCAAACCCAGCACCCCAUUCCCCAGCCCGAUGUCAUGGACCUUUUCUGAAAAACAUGCAUAACAUUGAGUCUUGCGGGUCUAUACACUUUGCGCUACACACUGUCAAAUACACAUUAAACAGCUAGCCAGAUCUGACCACUUAUCAGAAACAUUGCAGACACCUUAUCUGUCCACACACACACCACAAUGCACAGGCAGUCCACGCAACAUUUGGACCUGUACAAUGUCAUAUGAAUUAUGUUUUAUUUUUGUUAACUUAUAAAGUGUCCGAAUUGUGUGAAACAGGCUGCUUCUCUGUUGGGUCGCUACUGCUACUUGUGUUCUGUGUUUCCUCAAAUUGUUCUGCUGUUCUCUCUUUUUGUCCCGUACAUUGUAUAAUGCUUUUAUUGGAAAACCCAUGAAGGUAUCAA